AUGGAACUGCUACGAGAGAACGCAGAUGGAACUGCCACAAGAGAAUGCAAACGGAACUGCCACGAGAGAAACACAGACGGAACUGCCGAAAGAGAGCAAAAACUAUAUGAUAUCUUCAUGAGAAUAGGAAAACAGCGGACGACAUUGGUAUGGACAAAGCUGACGUUACUGGGUGAAGUUGUUAAGCAAGUGAAGGAAUUGAAGAAGAAUGCAGAGGAAGCAAGCAAAGGGUUCCUGAUCCCAAUGGAUUCCAAUGAAGUGAAAGUUGAAGCAACUGAAGAAGGAGAUGGAUCAUCAAUGUCUUACAGGGCAACCGUGUGCUGCGAAUACCCGCCUGAUCUGCUAUCUGAUCUAAGACAAACAUUUGAUGGCCUCCAACUUCAAUUGGUGAGUGCACAAGUAUCCACUCUGGGAGACAGAGUGAAGAAUGAAGUUGUGUAUACUUGUUACUGCAAAGGGGAUAUGAUGAGUAGUGUUGAGGCAUGCCAAGUUCUUGCAAGGAAUCUUCAUCAGUCACUGUCUUCUCUACUCACCUCACAUCCAAUCCACAAUAGAAGACUACGCUGUCUUCAAACAUCUGCUGUCUCAUGCUACAAUUAA